CUUCCCUUUUCGCCUGUGCUUUUAUAUGCUGAGCUAGCUCCGCCCUCACUCCGUUCAUUCCUCUCCCAUCCUGGCUAGUCCCCUCCCUCUUUGAUUUAAUAUUAGCGCUCAGCCUUCAAAGAUCACAGAGAAGAAUGGAUUGGUUUCACUGUAACCGGUGUUUCCGAAAAGAUGGGGCCCAUUUCUUUGUCACCAGCUGCGGUCAUAUUUUCUGUAAGAAGUGUGUGACUCUGGAAAAAUGUCUUGUUUGUGGAGCUGCCUGCAAGCAUUUGGCUCUUUCUGAUAAUCUGAAACCUCAGGAAAAGAUGUACUUCAAAAGCCCUGUGGAGACAGCUUUGCAGCAUUUUAGUCACAUCUCUCAGGUGUGGAGUUUCCAGAAGAAACAAACAGAUCUCCUCAUUGCCUUUUACAAGCACAGAGUUACAACAUUAGAAGCAGCCAUGCAGGAGGCGCAGCAAACAGUGACCAGCCAGAACAAAGAGCUGUCAGUCUUAAGGAAAGAAAAUGAAGAACUAAAGAAAUUUCUAGCCAUCCUAAAGGAAUCUCCAAGUUGGUACCAAGGAAGCAGGUCAACCACACCUCGACCAGUGGGCAUUACUUCCCCAUCACAGUCAGUUGCUCCACGACCCAGUUCUCAGCAUAGCAGCCAAGUGGUCAGUCGGUCCUCCUCAGUGGAGUCUAUCCCCUCUAGAAUGGCUGGCUUUAGUAGCAUAGGACAAGAAGCCAGAGGCUUUCAGGGAAGGAGCACUCCCAGAGACUCUUAUACUGAAACCCCUUCACCAGCUUCUACUCACAGCCUAUCUUAUAGAACUUCAUCUGCCUCCUCUGGACUGGGGAUUUUUUCUUUCAGGCCAUCCCUAAAUGGUGGAGAUUUGGGCCACACACAAAUACUCACCCCCAACAAUUCAGGUCAGAGGGAGAGUAGAGCUCCACUAGAAAGUCUUCCUGGAUUCCAGGUACCAGUCCUGCAGACUCUCUACCAACAAAGGCAGAUGGGAUUAGCCACGGGGAGAGACCCAUGGACCACGCCCAGAUAGAUCAUCUCCGAGGUCUGGUCUAUACAUACUGCUGAAGAACAGAACGUAGCAGCCAGUCCCAUCAGGCACAAUGGCCUUAGAAAAUGCACCCCUGCCUCGUUUCCCAGUUUCACUGUGCGCUGUCAAUCUUUACCACAUACACCCUGCAUCACCUCUUAGGCUAGUGCUUCAGGAGGAUGUUUAUGUUUCUCCCACGACAUGGAGUGGUCUCAUUUCUACAACUUGAGACAAAGGCUGUAAAAAUAGUCCUUGGCAUCCUUGGGGGGUGGGAGUAAUAUACUCAUUAGCUAUGUUUUAUUUCUGGAUUUCAUUUUUUAGUUUUGCAUAAACUCUCUCAUAGCCAAUUCUGUUCCCUGUCUUUAUUUGUUUGCCUGUUGUUUCCUCUAUGCCUAGUUAUUAAACAUGGUUUUCCUUUUUGUCUGAUAAUAGUUGGAGAUAGACAUUCAGCUUACUGAAGUACAUAGAUAGUAAAAUAAAAAGGAAGUCCUUUUAUUGCUACUGCAACUCUAUCGGUACUUCAACCUCUAAAAUGGUGGAACAGGCAAAGAACACUACCACUGAGGGCAAAUAUUUAUUCUUCGUUGGGCACUAAGGGGUAGAAAUAAGGAAUUACAUUGGUAGGCCACAAGCAGGCAGGCCUUAAGCAAAAAUACUGAAAAAAUGUGAAGAUAGCAUCUGCCAGAAAUAAGUUAGGUCUUAGCAGUGACCUUGUAGCUGAACUAAGAUCACAUUACCAUUUCUGGAACUCUGAAUUUAUUUUUAAAGGCAUUUCUAGACACACCUCACCUUCGGAACAGGAGCCUGUGCUGUACAGGUACAGGAAACAAUCUGCCUAGUGAUGCUGAUACACUGCCCCUCAAGGUCGCUGUUCUUUUACUUUACCUCAAUACAUCCUACUGCUUC